UCUUUAGAAACGCACAGCAGAAAUUUAACUCCACAGUUUGACCAUUUCUCCCUCCCUACCCACUUUUUUCUGAUUGCCAAGACAGCCGGCGUAAACUAGCUGCUUUUAUUCCCAAUGUCAAGAUAUCAAAAGGUUCCGAGCUCGGAAGAUCCAUUAGAAUCCGACGUUCAGCUUUCAACUUUGCACCCUCAAUUUAAUAACCACCCAUCGUCCAGUUCAUUAGAAAACACAAACAGCUCACCAAUACUUCGAGCACAGAAUGCGGCCCUUUUAGAUAGUUUCGAGGAAAUCACCGAAGAAGAAAUGGAGUCUGAAAGUCACGGUCUACUAAGUAAUAAUGGGCAUGGCCAAGAUGCCAUCCCACUAAGCUCUCGCACGUCUUCUUCCAGUCGACGACCACACCAUAACAUCAACAACCAGCAUCCAGCUACCUUGCCGGUGACCAAUGAUGGUGUAUUUGCUAAUAUGUCUGCCAAGCCUGAGUCAGAAAGCAAUAAGGACGAUGAAACGCCGCCGACUUAUGAAGAAGCAUCUACCGAUGCAACACCUCCCUAUUGGCAAACGACAAUUAUUGCGCCUGCUGGCAUGGGCGAUAUGGUCCUUGUUGAAGGCAUGCCGGUUGGUAAUGUCUUUGCCUUCGCAUGGAAUAUGAUCAUCUCCAUGAGCUUUCAGUUUGUAGGCUUUAUGUUGUGCUACCUACUUCACACUUCACAUGCCGCAAAGCAUGGUGCAAGAGCAGGUCUUGGAAUUUCAUUGGUUCAAUACGGUUUCUAUAUUAGCAGCCAUGGUAAUUUCGGCGAAGAAUUCAAAAAUGAAGACGAUGAUACUCCAACUGACGAAGAGGAAGCUCGAAAUACCAACAUUGUCGCUUACAUAUUGAUGAUGAUAGGAUGGUUCAUCAUCAUCCGCUCUUUAGCAGACUAUGGUAGAGCAAAGAAGAUGGAAAAGAUCAUAUCUGCUGAACCAACCAUUGAAUCCGUCGUGUAAUUUCCCACCUUUCUACCCCACUUGUAAUCUUUUGCUCUUUGAUACUAUCUUUUGAUUCCUUCGGUUGCUUAUACUUGAACUGAACCCGUCUAGAUCAAUGGGUGGCGAUUUCCUCAUUUGUAUGUCUGUUGUAACAUUAUUCUUCAUUCCCCCCUUGUUUAUCCCGCUCCUCUCCCUUUUGCAAUGCCUUUUCUUUUCUCUUCCCAGUUGAAUGUUUCAUCACUAAUGAAUGGAAAGAUAAAAAAAUGCUGAGGCUUAAGGAAAUUGAUGAAAUAUGUGCCUGUACCAGCCAUUGAUAUAUUUAUUG